AAAGGUUGAGAACCGCUGGUCUAGGGAGUAUUUUGAGUGCAAAAUUUUCUCUAAGAGGUAAAUAAUUAAGUUAGGGAUCUUAGAGGUCCAACAGCUCAUGAGGUUUAAAGCUUCUCAAAAAACUUCAAAUAAAACUUAUAGAAUUGUUGGUAUAUAGGACAUUUUUUCUUAUUGCUUUAGGCAGAUAGAUGGUUAUUAGAAAAGUGAUAAAGUAAUCACAUAUUUUGAACACAAAUGUAGAAUUCAUUUCAUGCCACCACCUAAUUUUUUUUUUUUUUUUUGAAUUUAGUAUUUUGAUGAUAUUUAGCUAAAGAGUCAACUGAAGUGAUCAAUAUUAGAGAUCAAUAUUAUCCUGUUCCCAUUCAGCUGAAUCCCAAUGCUCAUAAUAAGGCUUUGUCAUGUUACUGUUUUUGUUUCAAGCCAGCUGUGCUAGGUCACUUGAUUAUUGGACCUGCUGUGUUAACACUUUUGUCAUUCAAUGAAUUUGAUACAACUGUUUCUUUUUUCUAAAUUUCCAUUGCUUGUGAGUCAGUUGCUCUAUAAGAUAUUCUGGAGCACAAAAAUAUUUUCUCUGGUUUUGGAGAACAAUUUGGAGAGUUUUGCAGGUGAAUUACGUAAUCAGACAAAAUGAAUGCUAUCAAAGACGGAUGGUUUAGUGAAGUAAACGAGUUAUGGCCUGGUCAGAGUAUGUCUUUGGAAGUGGACAAAGUUUUAUAUCAUGAGAAAAGCAAAUACCAAGACAUUUUAGUCUUUAAAAGUAAAACUUUUGGCAAUGUCCUAGUCCUUGAUGGUGUUAUUCAAUGUACAGAAAAAGAUGAAUUCUCCUAUCAAGAAAUGUUGGCACAUCUGCCUUUAUGUUCACAUAAAAAUCCCAAAAAAGUGUUAAUCAUAGGGGGUGGGGAUGGAGGAGUGGCAAGAGAGGUUCUCAAACAUGAAUGUGUAGAAGAGGUACACAUGUGUGAAAUAGAUCAGUAUGUUGUCGAAGUCAGCAAGAAGUAUCUACCAGGGAUGUCUACAAGUUUUUCCAACCCAAGACUGCACCUACACAUCAUGGAUGGCUUUGAAUUUAUGGGCCAACACCAGGAAGAGUUUGAUGUCAUCAUAACAGACUCCAGUGAUCCCAUUGGGCUUGCAUCAUCAUUAUUUGAGAAAAAUUACUAUGAACUCAUGAAAAAGGCUCUGAAACCAAAUGGAAUAGUUUGCAGUCAAGGAGAGUGUAUGUGGAUUCAUAUAGACCUCAUCAAGAACAUGCUAGAUUUCUGUGACACGUUGUAUCCGUCAGUGGCUUAUGCCUACACAUCCAUUCCAACUUAUCCGUGUGGCCAGAUUGGUUUUGUAUUAUGCAGUCUUGACCCAGAAAUAGAUUUUGAAAAUCCAUCAAGGAAAUUUUCCUCAGAAGAAUUGACUCUGUUAGAAAUGAGAUAUUACAACACAGAUAUGCACAGAUCUUCAUUUCAAUUGCCAGAAUUUGCUAAAAGGGCUUUAAAAUGCAAGACUACAAAAGGAAAGAAUGGUAUUUGAAGAAGAUAUGUUGCUGUGUGAUAACUUUAUAUAUAAAUCUUUCCUUUGCUUUUAACAGAUUUUGUCAUUCUCGCAUAAAUACCUCUUACUUCUAUUCUAUACAAUGUGAAACUUUUGUUCUUCAUUCCAUGUGUCUUGACACUCAGCAGUGGAGCUGCUGUGUGAUAGUUUAAAUUAACUCUAGUCUUUGGCUUGUGCAAUCAGCAAACAAAAUGCACAUCACUCUAUAGAUGCGAAGAUGCUAGUCUGGUGAUUGAGAAAUAUGUGCUCAAGUUGUCUGUGAGACUGUGGACCUUUUCAUUAUGUACUUCCUUUAGUUUUCUUUAGUGUUGCAUCAGCUUUUUUUUUUUAACAGAUGUUCCUUAAGUUUAUUAAUAGCAAUUUUUUUUUAUUAGGGACUAAAAUAUAAUAAUAAUAAUAAUAAUCCUUAUUAUUCAUAAGGAAAUUUGUCUUACAAUUUGUGCAUUACACCAAACAAAAUAUUAUGACUAUAUAAAACCAAAGUGUACAUUCACUCCAGAUUCACUCAUAAUUUACAUAUAUAGUCUUUGAGUUUGAUCUAUGGAUUAGUCCAAGGCCCAUUCCCAUAUAGCUUCACAGCUUUUCUGGCCAGAAUACUAUUUGAAGCUCAUUGCAGUGGCAGUAACAGAACAUUAGUCUUCCUCAAAUGUUUUUACUUCCACUAAUGUGUAUAUACAUAUAGAGAAAGAUGUACUUAAAGGAUGACAAACUCUUCAAUGUUUAGUAGGCCUAAAUAAAUGCCUAAGGUUUAUUAACCCUGAACCUUGGUGUGUGUGCUUCCUAAAAUGUUCUUACCAUCAUAAUGUAACAUGAGAAAAUUAACAGUAAAGAUUACAUAAUUCUUAUGUUCUCAUUUGUUAAGGCAAUCUUUGUUUUAAUAAUGAAAGAUGUUCACAGUAAGUUUGUCCUUGAUAUCCAAUAUACCUAUGGCUAUAUAUUAAGUACUUGUAUGUUAACUAUAGUUGAAAAAUUAUGACAACAUAAACUGGAACAGUGGAAUUGGGUGGUCGAUACAUCUUGAUACUUUUUCAAAAGAUAAAUCUGAUGAUCCAAAGCAUGCCGAUGGAGGUUUGUUUUGUGGUAAAUGAACCGGCCAUUUUUUGUCUGGUUCACUUUUCUUCCAGACCUAGGGUCAUCACUUUUUCGCUGUCCAUAGCUUUCUUUGUCAUUCUCUCCUCAUAGUGCAGUCUAGGGCUAUGUCUUCCCAGUAGUCAACUCUGAUGUUUACAUGUGGGAGGUGUUGUGCCAGCCGCAAGUUGGCCAAAGAUGAUAACUAAAUGGAUUCAUUCAUCCUCCUUAGAGCAGACAUAACCAAGCCAAUGUUGCCUGGAGGUGGUGAGUCUACUGGGGAGACAUGAGACCUGUUAUAACUGAGGAUCCACAUUAGCUAGCUGUAGAAGGGUAUUUUUGAACUGCAAGUUGCAUAAGGUUAGUUUUAAGCUACAAGAAGUAGAUUAAUACAUGAAUGUGCAUACAUUUUUUUUCUUUUAAGGAACAUCUGAAAUCUUAAAGAAGUUAAUUUAUUUGGAACUGAUUACUGUCAUUAUUUCUUAUACUUAUAUUCAAUAUGUAAAUGUCUUUUUUUAUUUUUUUGGAGAGUAUCAGUCGUUUUACUUAAACAGAUUUUCUUAUUUAUGACUUGUCAUUACAGUUUUUUUUUUUUUUUUUUUUUUUUCAACUUCAAAUGAUCUAUUUUACCAUGACAUAUUAAUUCAGACCUUUAUGGGUAAGCCAGUUUUCUUUUUAUCACAUUUGCAUUAUUGUUUAAUCAUGUCCACCGUGAUAUAAGAGUGACUUGAAAAUCUUGUAAUUUUUAACCCAUAUGAAGGAAAUGUUUUAUGUAGUCAUCGAUUUCUUGCAUUUUUUGUGUCUAUAUUGAAAUGUUUUACAUUACAUUUUUUUGAUGUAAUUGAUGUGCAUUGUGAAGCUUGUUGUUAGUUCAAUUUAUUUUAUUGACAAUCUUUAUGUAAGGUACAUUGCAUUUGUAAUAAACGUUUUAGACUUUAGUCACUGCAUUUCAAUACCCUUAUAUAAUAGAUAUUAGUGAACUUUAUUUGUUUAACUGAUUUAAUUUUAUUUGUUUAACUGGUUAAAUUGUAUUUUUUUAACUGGACAUAUUUUGUUCAAUGUAUUGUUUUCUGAGUAUUAUUAUAUAGUGAAUAAAGGUUUCUUUCUUUUUUUUUUUAUUUUUAAAUUAUACCAGCUUUGCUAGAAAAUUAUUUUUUGCUAAUAUACAUUCAAAAAGCAAAUGAUUAAUACACAUGUCUACUAAUCUUCUUUUUUGAAGUAAUGUCUGUAAAAGAUAAGAUAAGAUAGGACAGAUGUAGUUUGGAAGUUUGAAGAGUUGAUUUGUGGCUGCUUUGUGUUUCUUUUGCAAGUUUUUUUUUUCCCCUUGCUGUCGGCUAUGUCAUGUUUCAAAGCCAGCUAUGCUCUCAAAAUCUUCAUGCCAUAAGGGUUUAUGAGGAAAUACUUUUUCUCAUCUAGAAAUGUUAAUUCAAUAUCUUAGGAGAAAUCUGAAAUGAUGUAUAGAGCUCUUGUUCACUUUUGCUGGCCUAGAGUUCCAAGAGCCGAAGGUAAAAGAAUGGACCGGGCUCUCUUCAUAUCCUACUAUGAAUGGCUGCCGACCGGGAAAAGUGGAGGGAUUUGAUUACGCGAACUGUCACAGCAACUCCUACAACGAAAAUCAAGGGACAUGAUAAUGAUAUUCUUUUUCAAAUGUUCUCACAGCUCUUAAAUAUAUUAUUUUUUCCAUACUACUCUCUUUCAAUAAAUGUAUUUGUCUAGUCAUCAUAGAUGACGUAAUUAUUGUCUUUUAUUUUUUAUUUUUUUCAAUGAAGAUCUGUAAUUUAUAUGAUAACAAUUGAAAUGCAUGUAGAUUGCUUUUGGCCCUUGAAGUUGAAAUUUAUAUUUCCAAUGAAAUAUGGGCAUUGGUAUUACGAUGAAAUACAGAGCACUGAGGAAUCUCCAGAAAUGGUUGUGUACCAGCUAUUUUUCUCUCACACUGUUUAUUUUCCUCUUUGAUCCACAACUCUUACUUUAAACAAGACAGUUGCUUCCCUUGUCUGUUGUCAUUUUUAAAAACCUGCACCUUUUUUUUUUCAUAAAACAAUAAAAAAAAAUUGAACUGUUUACUAUUCAGAACUUCUGCUAACCUUUUGAAGAGUUUAAAGAUUCGAACCCUUUUUGAAUGUUUACACAUAUUCAUUUUCUAACAAAUGUUUGAAUAAGGUUGUAUUUUUUAAAAUAAACUAGUGAUAUUAUUGUACUGUA